AUGCAAGAACGGGGAAACGAUCAUCGCUAUCCAACGAACUGGAGCUUAGGCCGGAUUACUUCAGCCCGACCCAUGCAAUCCAAACCCAAGAAAAUUGGCAAGGAUCAAAGCGGGUGGAUCGGGGUUAGGCGUUUUUUUUUUGUGUGCGUGUUUUUUUUCCCCUGCUCUUGGUUUGUCCUAAUCCAGGCACCCCAUCUUCUUCCCUUCUUUCGCGUCUCUCUCUCUCUCUCUCUCUCUCUCACCUCCGCCCCGAAACGAGAGAGAGAGACAGAGACAGAGAGAGAUUCUUCGGCACGAGGCAGCAUCACCACAUACGGGAAUCACAUUGCCUCCGCCCCGCCUUUGGCUUUGUUACCCCGCCGCUGCGACCGCGUGUUUCCGAGCGGGGGGUAGAAGAGGGGAAUAGAGGAAGGGAGAGGCGCAUGGAAUGAUGCCGAGUUCUGCUGCUGCGACGAUGAGAGGGAGCGCCCUCCCCCUCUCCUCCGGCCGGAGGAUCCCGCUCAAAUUCCGUCACCUCUCCAUCUCGGCUGUCGGAUCCGUCGAGAUCAGGCUGCUCCUCUGCUGCUGCGUCGCCCUCGCGUUCCUCCUCCUCGCCUUCGGCUACCGCCACCGUCCCUCCCAUCCUCCAUCCUUGCCCCCUCCCGGGAAAGGUUACACUAUAUUGAUUAACACAUGGAAGAGAAAUGACCUGCUGAAGCAAUCCGUUGUUCAUUAUGCUUCCUGUAGUGGAGUUAAUUCCAUUCACGUUGUGUGGAGUGAACCUGAUCCACCAUCAGAUUUGUUACAUGAUUUUUUGAGGCAAGCUACACGGAUGAACUCUAAAGAUGGCAAAUAUAUUGAAGUAACAUUUGAUUUGAAUCAAGAAGAUAGUCUGAACAACAGGUUCAAGGAAAUCAAGGGUUUGAGAACUGAUGCUAUCUUUUCAAUAGAUGAUGAUGUGAUAUUUUCCUGUUCAGCUGUAGAAUUAGCUUUCAGUGUCUGGCAAAGUGCCCCAAUGACAAUGGUGGGAUUUGUACCUCGCAUGCAUUGGCUGGAUAAGUCGAGAGGCAGUGUGGAACAGUAUAGGUAUGGGGGCUGGUGGUCAGUCUGGUGGAUGGGUACCUACAGCAUGGUUCUCUCCAAGGCAGCCUUCUUCCACAAGAAGUAUCUUGAUUUGUACACAAACCAUAUGCCUGUGGCUAUAAGAGAUUAUGUAACCAAAAACAGGAACUGUGAAGAUAUUGCAAUGUCUUUGCUUGUUGCAAAUGUAACUGGUGCUCCUCCCAUAUGGGUAAAAGGCAGGGUAUUCGAGAUUGGAUCAACUGGCAUCAGUAAUUUAGGAGGUCAUAGCCAAAGGAGAUCACAGUGCCUCAAUGUGUUUGCUGCAAUUUAUGAUCAUAUGCCUUUGGUAGCAACCAAUACGAAGGUCAUAGACAGCAGGCAUAGUUGGUUUUGGUGAUCAUUGUGGGUUUGUAAUGGUCUGUCAGCUUUUUUUUUUUUUUCUUUUAUUUUUACAUUCCUGUUAAUUCAUUUAGAUCAUUGUAAUCUUUAUCUGUAUCAUAUCAAGGCGAUCGAUAUUAAAUCCAUGUGAUGUGCAUUUACGACCGUUCUAAUUUUGUAUUGAGUUGAAAAUCUUGUGUAUUCACACUUGCACUGUGGAUGGUUUGCCUACGAGGACAGAGGGUGUUGGCUAUAAGCUGGAAAGUAACUAAAUGUUAAUUUGCGAACAAGUGAAAUUACUAAAUGUAUUAAUAGAAAAUGUUUUACCCUGUA